UGUUACUCCAUCUUUCAGCCUCGCCGUCCUGGUUCCCAUCUUACCUUAGAUCUUCACAGACCGCAGGCCUUCUGGAGCCUUCCAACGCCUUCUUUGAGGAUUCAUUCAUUCGCUGCAUCUCUGUCUCUGAUCUAGGAGCUUCCCCUUCUUUUUGGAAAACUAUCUGCCGUCUACUUGAAAUCAACAAACAGGGGUAAACAGCCGGGAUCUCAAAGGAUGGCGGAACGAGACGCUCUAAUAUUCGAAUAUUCUCACCUCAAGAAUUUCCCUCGGGAGAAGGAGGCCUUGCACACCCUAAAGAAGAUUUCCUCUCUCGUGAAGCCUAUCAUGAGAGCACGGAGUUGGAAGGUUGGCACAUUAGCUGAGUUCUAUCCCGAUGCACAGAACCUCCUAGGAAUCAAUCAAAACAAAGGCGAGAAAAUAUGUCUACGAUUACGGUAUCCCGGCGACAAGAAUCAGUUCCUUCCUAUGGAACAAGUUGUCGAUACGAUGCUCCACGAGCUUUCGCAUAUUGUGUACGGGCCACACGAUGCGAACUUUCAUGCUUUAUGGGACCAGUUGCGCAAGGAAUAUGAAGCUCUGUUGGCAAAGGGGUACACAGGAGAAGGCUUCCUGUCUAAUGGCCAUCGCUUGGGUGGUAGGAGGGUUCCAAGAGAUGAGGCGAGGAGGAUUGCUCGCGCCGCUGCGGAGAAGCGACGAACUCUCUCCUCAGGAUCCGGGCAGAGACUAGGUGGUGCUCCAGUACGCGCUGGAACGGACAUUCGACAGGUCAUCGUGAGUGCCAUUGAACGUCGAAAUACGGUUUUGAAAGGCUGUGGAUCAGAAAAGAGAAGCGAUAAGGAAAUCGAGGACCUAGCCAGCCAAGCGACACGAAACGGAUUCAGGACAAAGGCAGAAGAGGAUGAGGCGAACGACCGGGCGAUUGCUCAGGCGCUGUGGGAGCUUGUCCAGGAGGACGAGAAGAGAGAAUAUGGGGAUCAGUUUAUACCAGCCACACCUUCGAACCCUACUGGUAAUGGAGGCGGCGAAAUCGGACGCCAGAGACCAGCCGCGUCGGGACGCUCUUCUUCCUCAAAUUCUGGUUCAGCUGCAUCUCUUGGCGCUUCUAGGCAGGAGCCUCGACACAUAAGCCGUUUAGUCACGGAAUCUCUUUCAAAGAAACAGAAACCAAAGGCCGUCACCUCAAAAUCUUCCAGCGCCCCAGCGCCAGCCCCAUCACAUAAGCCAGCUCCGGCCCCAGCUGCACCGAAACCCCUAACCGGAUGGACAUGUCCUAUUUGCACUUUGCACAACCCCGUUGACUUCCUCGCCUGCGACGCUUGCACGUCCCAGCGACCAGCUGAAAUCACGUGGAAGAUUGCCGAAGAAGCAAGGAAGAAAGAAGCGUCAUCACGGCCCAAGGUGCAGACGUGGCGAUGCCGUGUAUGUAGUACGGUCAUGGAAUCGAGCUGGUGGACAUGCUCGACGUGUGGGAAGAUGAAGGACAGCUCGCAGCAGGAGGAAUCUGCUGUUAUUAUAUGAUUGAUCAUGAGGGGUUCGGGUAUGGAGUUUUUGCUUAGGCGGUGUUUAUAAAAUGGCGGGAAACACUUAAGGUAUGUAAAUGGAACUGAGCUUAGGCGGAUGAUUUAUCUUAUGAACAUCGUGUUAUACAAAGAGCCAGAGAAGGAUAAUGAAAAACUCAUUCUAUACUCUUGUGAGUCUUAACAUCGAAAGUCGACUCUAGCAGAAAUCCC